AUUUUUAGGGUUUAUGGGUUUAAUGAAACAUUUUCACAGAAACAGAUUGCUAUAAACAUUGUUAUAAAUUUAGGGAAAUAAAUCAUGGUUAUAAGAGCAGCAGGUAAAUGUUAUAACAUUUUAAGAAAGUAUCAGAAACCCAGAUGGAUUUUCAACCCAGUUGCUAUGCAUUCAUGCCGAAAAAUCAAUUAUCUUGAUUUUAUAUGCCAAAAACAUACUAAUAGGUUUUCAACGGUACCCGGCUCAUCUAAACCAACACCACAGACUAUUUCAGAGGUCGAUUCGUUUUCGACCUUCAUAAGAUCCAGUCUUAAUGAGCUUGAAGGCCCCUCUCAUUGGUGGUUGAAUAGAAGUGCCGUUACAAAGGAUUUAAAUGGGAGUGAUGGUGUCUUCUUAGUUGUUACCGGUGCAUUCACUGAGGACCGUACAAUCAUGUUUGAAAAAGUAAAGUUGCUUCAGCAAAGGUAUCCUUCACUCAACGUUAUUGGAGUUCAGCUUUGCAAAGCGGCUAGCAGUGAUGUUCAUUCUCGUUUAGCAAAAAUAAUCAUGAGCGAAUACAUCACAUUUCCUAUUCUUGUGUCUACCACUUCUUUUUCUGAGAUGUUAGAUAGAGUGGGAUACAUGAUAUUCAAAGGCAUGGAUGGUCCUCUACUCUUGCAAGACAAGGAUGUGGAUUUUGAAGUUCUUGAGACAGCCAUUAAGGAUUUAGUUGUGCAGCACGAAGAAAAACCAGGAUUGUUGCAUAAGCUGCGAGGCACUUGGGUAAAGCCACUUGAUUCUUAUAAGGAACCAUAUCUCUGUUCUCCGUUGCAGAAUUUACUUCUUUAUUUCCCAGGGUGCGUUGAGGUUGAUGAAGCCAAUGAGUGCUUGUUCCUCUCUGACACAAAUCACCACCGUGUAAUUGUGUUUGAUGGCGAUGGGAAGAUCUUAGAUUGUAUUGGAUCUUCUCCGGGAUUUGAGGAUGGAGAAUUUGAAUCUUCUAAGAUAAUGCGCCCUGCUGCUUUGUUAUAUGACGAUGACGAGGAUUGCUUGUAUAUUGUUGACUCGGAGAAUCAUGCUAUAAGGAGAGCUGACAUGGAGAGCAGGACCUUGGAGACAUUAUACCCUAAACCCAAUCAUCAUAAGACUGAAGGUAGUACAUGGAGCCGAAUUAUUAAUAAAAUUUGGAGUACUGGACCUGAUCCUUCAAACUCUGAAGAAGUUGAUUCUAAAAUAUCUUUUUACCCAUGGCAUCUUCUCAAAUCUUUGGAUAGUGACCUUUUUGUCAUCAAUCGCAGUUUUGAAACUUUAUGGAUUAUGGACUUGUCAUCUGGUGUUAUCAAAGAAGUUGUCAACGGUUCUGCAAAGAUAGUGGACAGAUGUGGCCCGUUGAUCCUGGAGAAAUUAUCCGGUUUGAAGGAGAUGGAUUCAAGUUGUCUGCCACAACAUAUCUCCACUAAUUUUUCAGUAGAAGGAAUUCCAAAUGCUGGUCUGGUCUCUUCAGUGGCCACUUUUCAGGACAAUAUAAUAGUUUGUGACUCGGAUGGUCAGGUGGUGCUGAAAUACAACAAAAAAUCUCGGUCAAUCAGUAGGUUCGUGUACUCAAAGUUUGGGAUACUUGGAUUACCUUACUGGCUGGUGUCUCCUAUGGAAUCAGCUUAUGCUGCUGGUUUUGGUGUCUCGGGAGUUCAUGUGGAUCAUAUGCAACAUUUCAGCUUGUUACCUGGUAGGAUAAAUAUACAGAUCAAAGUAGAAAUCGCUGAAGAUACUGAGCUUGUGGAACCCCUAGAUGAAGGUUGUAUAUGGCGGCAGACAAGAGGCACUGCUACCGAAACUUUAGGAGCAGAGAACAAAGCAGAAUCAACAGAAAAGGUUGGUGUUGCCCAACAAUGGUAUGAUGAGUUGGAUGAGCUUGCAUCUUUAACACAACAAGAACUCAAUGCUGAAGAGGAUAAGACUUCUGACACAAAAGUGGAGGAUGGAAAAAUAUGCAUCAAUUGUGCUGUCAAUACUAGUCCCGGAACAAGUGAGGUUAUUAUCAACGCAGCAUUGUACCUGAGAAUUAAAAGGCAUCAAAAUCAAACCGAUGAUUCUAAGAAGCAACAGGCAGCUAGAUUGGCAGAGAUAUUAAACUCGGGUGGAAAAGAUAACUCCCAAAAAGAUGUGUGUGCUGAGAUUAUAUCUAAAUCCGAAAUAGCCCCUGAAGAGUUCACCUUUCUAAGGCCACUGCACGUAAGGUUAAAAAUUAAUUCACGUGACCACCCAAAAGCAGAGAACUCAAAAGAUAUAAUUUUGACAGAAUCGUCUGUAGAGGUUAAUGUUUCUCUUAAGUAGAUAUUCUUGAUUAAGUUGUAUAAUUACUCUUUUCUUCCUUGUGAAGAUCCGAUAAGUUGGUAUCGUGCUUGUAGGCUUUGUUUUGUCUAUUCAUUCUAAUACAGAUAGACAAAGAUUGCACAUGGUCAUGCAAUGAUAAGCUGGUAGCCUGGUAAUUUUGAUUUAAAGUUAUGGUCAUGUAACUAAAUGGAUUUGAGAGAUCACUUAGAUAGUUUUUACAUGGGUUUAGUAAACCUGACGACAUUGAAAUCAAUAAGAAGCUGUUGGCUUGACUGGACUGAGCCAAGCAAA